CUAUGCAAUAGUGGGCUCUCUCUCUCUCUCUCGCCUGUCCCCCCCUCUCCUCCUCCUCCUCCUCCUUUCUCUCUCUCUCUUUCUUCCCCAAUAAACUCCCGGUCCUGUCUUGUGGUGGUCACUGAAAAGGUGAAACGAAUAAGAUUAAAUCAGACUCGCUCCCACACUCACGCUCAGGCACACACACACACACACCAAGCUCUGUAUGUAUAUCCUCUCCGGACUGUGGAGAGACAGGGAGGGAGGAAGAAGAAGAAGAAGAAAAAGAGGCAGAGCAAGAGAGAGAGAGAGAUUGAGACAGGGAGGGAGAGCCUGGGAAAAGAAGGUACAGAGCCAGGCACCAGCUUCUUGUCAAGGCUUCUUCGGCGUCGGGAUGAUGCCUCCAGACGGCGCACCAGGCGACUGACUCUCGGCCCAUCCAUCCAAGCAUCCCUGCAGGUUUCACGAGAGCACCCAACUGAUUUGAGCUGGCUCUCAUGUAUUCGCGUUCUCACUUUCGGAGAUCAGGUGUCUGGGUUUGGGAUAUUUGCCACUUCAGCGCCUGUGUGUGUGUGCUCGAGCAUGCAAGUCUAUGCUUCAAAUCUUGUCCCACUAGCCAAAAAAUGCCCACUGAAAAUGAGAAGAAUAUUCAUAAAUGUGUUACGGAAUCUACUCUCGAAGGAGAAUGUGCUUUGCCAAUUUCCUGUUCACGUUGACUAUCUGCAGGGAUCCCAAGAAAAUGGCUUACAGGAAGUCACCAGCAUCCUCUCCUUUGUUUCCCUGGAACCAAAGCACAAUAUUAAUGCAGAGAUCAAUGGAGAAGAAGGGAGCCUGUGUGUGUACUUCAUCUGUGGACACAGCAUGGUGUUUUGGGCUAGUCAGAGAGCCUCAAGAUCAAGCUGUGGACUGCUGCUCUUGUGCAACCAGUUUACCACCAGCCAGUUUACCAUGCUGACAAAAACUGCUAACUGGAACCCCAGCACCACAUUUCCCCAAGUGAAUUAUGCCAGCCAUGGAGAGAGAAUGGAAAAAUGGUCAUCUCAUCAUGUAGUCUGCUCGCCUGUCAAGGAGAUGUGGAAAUGUGCUGGCAUUCCAGCUGAAGACAUCAUUAUGAGUGAGAAAAUGCUCAAGGUCCUUUUUCAAAGUGGGUGCCGAAAGAGAUGCUUUCCUUCUUUGACUUCGGGGAAGGCUGAGAGCUGCCCCAGAAGACAGGCAUUGAGAGGAUGCACAACAAAAGAAGAUGAUGAAGAUGAUGAAGAAAUCUAUAACAAAGGACAAUCAGCCUGCAGUGAGAGAAAUGAUUUUAAUAUCUGACAGGUUUUGUUUCCUAAUCUUUGCUAUUCAUAUUGACGGGUAGCUUCAUAUGUUUUACAGAUUUGUAUCUAUUAAGACAUGCUGCAGUGUUCCUACAACCUGGGAACAAGUGUGCUGGAGAUCAGUGUUCUUCUUCCUCUGUGAUAAAAAUUGAUAUGAACUGUUUUAAACUGCUAGCAGAUAAUUACUCUGAACACUCAAUAAAGAAAGCUAUAUCUUUAGAGCCUUCCUUUAUCUUUUUUUUUUUUUUAAAAAAUUCACUAUCCCCCCCUCUUUUGUUUCUUUGAUUACUUGGAGCCUUGUAAUCAAACUCAGCUUAGUUUCAGGACCCUUGGGGCAGUAUCUCUUAGUUCCCUGUCAAGCUGCGUUGCAAAACAAUCAAUCUUGCUCUGGCUCUCUCUUGGCGGAAGUGCCACGACACCAGGAGUGCAAUGCUUUGCUCUUGCCAUGAAGCCUCAAUGACAAAAGUUUUUAUAAGAAGCUGACUGUAUUUAGGGUUAUGAAUAUGCAAUGACUCUCAUUAGUAUUGAAGCACGGGAGCAAGGGCUGACAUCUCCCCUCCGCCACUUUGAGCUGCGGCAGAAUUGUCUAAUGAAUUGUCUUGCUCUUUCACUUGCACAGGCUUUCUCUGUUGUGGCUCCCAGUUCCAAGGGGAGUUGCCCAGUUUGAGCAUACUAUUGACUGCAGAAAUUAAUUGCCAAGAACUGCUCUUGAUUUUGUUAAACAAUCUUGUGACAGUGUUUAAAUUGUCAAAACAGAAAAUCAUUCCACUCCACGUGAGAUAAACUCAACCUGAGGGAGGGGACCCGUAUGUCAAUUAAUUUGGACACACACUUUGCUCAUAUGUACAUGUGUACGAUACAGGGAUUUACAUAUUUCUAUGUAUAUGGGGAAAUCCACAAAGACAGGCAAUUCCCCCCACCCCAAAAACCUCCUUUAAGAUCAACACUGGGUGUAAUCAAGUCAUACAUAUCUGACAUUCUAUUGGUGAGGCACUUUGUCUUCUCAGUAGAACAAAGAGGGAUGACAGAAUGAUCUCCAAAUAGAAGCUAUUCAUACAGCACAAAGCUAUUUUGUGAACUCUUUAGGACUCUUUCUCACACAUUCCUCCCUUUCCCAUCCUAGUCCCUACCCACCAUUUAGUGCUUAAUACACACACAAUCUAACACAAAUGUGAUAUCAAUAACACUAUGUACCACAAUUUUUGUUCCUGGCUUAUAAAUGUCGUUUUGUAACUGCAAAAACUUUGCUUUUGUGGGACAUCCUGAAGCACAUUCAGCUAUAGUUUUUCAAUGAGUAUCUCUAUCUCAAGUCUCAACCAAGUCAACAUAGUUUGUGGCAGCCACAAAAACGAAGUUUCUGGAGUAUAAUAACUACUUUCAAAUACACACCACACAAUUAAACAAGAACAACACUUUCAAACUAGGAACAGAUUUUUCUUAUUUUGUUACAUAGUGUACUAAUAAGGUUUCCAAUAACUGAUAAUAGCUGCCUUGAUGUGUAGUAUAUGAGAAGCAAAACAUGCCCAGUUGCGUAUCUCAGCUGGGUAAAUUAAAUUCUUCAAUUCUUGUUAUAGCUCCUUUUCCUCCUCUCUCUCCCUCUUUAAAAUACAAAGAAAGUUUGGUGCUUUAUUGCAGGCUGCACUGAUAGGAAAAGCUCAAAAUGAAUAAGCUCUUCUCAAGAGGAAAAAGUAUGAGAGGGAAUGAAAUUAAGAAUACUUUACGGGAAAGCAGUCAGUACAGAUGCUCCUUAUUUCACUGGAUAUAUGAAACUAGUUAUACCAGAAGGAGAAAGAGCUGUUAACGUCAAUACACUGAGAAUGGGAAGGGAAAAAUAAGAUCUUUGCUUGUCUCUCACUCCAACUAUUUCAGUGUUCAGAUUCAUAUUUCCAUCUUCUGUGGAACCUCCAUAUAGAUGAGAACAGUUGAAGAACAAACACAGUUCUGACAAAAGUGGUGCAAGUAUCAUACAUCAAACACUUGUUACCUCGCUUGGCCUUAGCAAUUGCACAUGACUAAGAACAAGGCAGUGAUAAAAUCUGAAGAAAGAUGAAACCAAUCUGGGCCUUUUUAAAGACCAUCAAUCAUUCUGUGCAACCAUGAUAUUAUUAGCUAAAACUGAGCCUUGUUCUCCUGUUUAAUGGACAUUGUAAACCCCAUCCCAUUUCUAUCCUGAGACCAAUGCUACCAUGGGAAAUCAUUUUUAUGGGCAAUAUCUUCAUAGGGAACCAAUCAGAUCUAAUCAGAUAACAAGCUACUGAAUUAUUCAGUAUUCUCCCUAAAUUUGCAUUCUAGCUGUUCUUUGCUGUCAGUACCUACUUCUAGAAGUAUGUGAAUUUUUACUCCACUACCCAUUAUGUUAAGAUGACAGUGAAUGUGGGGAUUUUUCAUAAUCUGUAUAUUUUAUAACUAUCAUUGGUUUGCAUGCAUGGUUACCACAUGUUAAUAAUCAUGUAAAAAUAUUUGGUUCCUGUUUUUUAAUGCACUGCUAUUAAAUUCUUACUAUUCCCAGAUGUAAAACCAGCAGGCCCAAGCACAGGAAAGUGAAACCAUUGUUUUGGAUAUGUAAAAUGUCAAAAUGUACAGUACUACGCAAAUAAUCACCAGUAUUCCUGAUGGAUAUUUCUGUGAAUCUGGAAUUUUAUUAUAUGAAAAUAUUUCAAUUUUAAUUGCAAAUCUUGGUAGAGAUGAUUUGAGGCCUGUAAUUAGCACAUAAAUUCCAGACUUUGUGACUAGUGUGAAAACAUAUAGUAUUUAUGGAACGAUUAUCUAAAUAUAAUGCAGUGUUUUCUGUUUUUAGUGAAUACUGUAAAGUCUGAUUUAAUAAAGAGAAGAACUGCUA